UGACAUUGCAUCGACAAACACAAACAAAGAAACCUUUCGCGGACACGGAAAAAGCAUUUCUAUACAAUUUUAUUAACCUUUUUUUUCUAAAAAAAAUUAAGAAAAAAAAGCCGAUGAACAGUAUCUUCUCGGUGGACGACUUCUCCGACCUGUUAUGGCAGGCUCCGAUGACUAGAAGCGCAUCGGAAUGGGAGUUAGAAAAGUUUCUAGAAGAAUUCCCUGCUUCUUCCUCUAUUUGCGACAACAACAACAACGACACCACCACCGUCGCGGUUCCAAAAUCACUGACGUCAUCGAAGCGUCGUGAGAUUUGUGAAGAUGAGGUAGUAGAGAUUGAAAAGGUUGAAAUUAAUAGUCAGCCGUUGGAUCGUGCUCCAUUGCCGCCUCCAGAAGAUACUGACGGGUAUCACGCUUUUCUUAAGUCACAGCUUGAUCUCGCUUGCGCUGCAGCUGCUGCUGCUAAGUCGAGGGAUUCGAGUGUAAAGCCUGAAGGCGUUUCUUCGUCUUUCGCUGAAGAUCAAAGAGUAAUUAACAAGAAUUGUGAAUCGGGAUCAUCACCAGUUUCUGGCAAUGGUCAUGGUAUCACAAAAGGGCAGAAUGAGGCUGAUGGUGGAUCACUUCGCCUUCCAGCAUUACCUUCUAUGCCCAGAAAACAAGAGGUACCAGUGAGGCAAGCAACCAGUGGAUCUUCAAGAGAAGAUUCUGAUGAUGAUGAACUUGAAGGAGAUACAGAAACCAAUGACAAUAUGGAUCCUGCUGAUGAAAAACGUGCGAGGAGGAUGCAGUCAAAUCGAGAGUCAGCCAGACGUUCAAGAAGAAGAAAACAGGCACAGCUGAAUGAACUUGAAGCACAGGUUGGUCAACUGAGAGAUGAGCGCACAUCAUUGCUUACGCGCUUAACAGACAUAAACAAAAAGUGCGAUGAGGCUUCUGUUGAUAACAGAAUUUUGAAUGCUAAUAUUGAAACAUUGAGGACAAAGGUAAAAAUGGCCGAAGAUCAAGUUAAACGAGUGACGGGUUUGAACCCAAUGGUUCUAGCAAGGUCCAACAUGCCUAAUAUGGGGAUGCAGUUUGUUGCUGGCCAAACAGAUGUAUCUGCAAAUGUUGCUGUUCCAAUGCAACCAAACAACAACCAUUUCUUUCACCAUUCUGUUCCUGAUUUAACCUCUGGAGCUCCACAUCUCCAGAGACUAAGCAAUAGCUGCCCUAACAAUAGUGUAACUCCUCUGGCUACACCUCUGCCUGUGAACAACGGGACAAGCAACAUUGGUGGAAUAGCUCCUUUGCAGCAGGUAACAGGUGCUCAAAAUAUGACUGAUGUGCCUCCCUUGCAGCAUGUGCAAAAGCAGACUGGUCCGACUGUCAGUCCACCGGCCUCGGUGCUCAUAUGCAACAAAGGGCUAUCUCAGCCAGUUGCUAAGGACAACAAAAAGAAAUGAUUCGGAUGCUUCUCCUUUUAUGGUGGUUGAAAUUGGGGUUAGAAGAAAAUAGGCGCUCUCAUGGUACAAUCAUUGGUUAAAAUAAUUAUAGGACUUUCAAUGUGUAUUAGGUGUUGUUAUUUAUACUAAUAAGUUCUUUUACCUAAUGGGAAAAACAUUUCGUUUACAAA